ACAUUAAGAAAAUCAUGAGAUUUGAAAAAAAAAAGAAGAAGCUCUUCACCAAUUCAAAUUUACCUUUUCAACCAAAGUUACAUUUAGGGUCCAUUUGGUAACCUGUAAAAGCUUUUCCGUAAAAGCUUUUCAGGCUUUUUUGAUGUUUGGUUGCUUGAAAAUCAUUUUCCAGGGAAAAAUGUUUUACAAAACACGAGAGAAGGAGGGUUUUUUUUAAGGAGAAUGUCUUACCAUCUUGAAAUUGGUAAGACAUUUUCCAGAAAUUGACUCUUCUUUUCCCCUUUCCCCUUCCCCUUCGCCUUCCCAUUCCCCUUCCCCUUGGGUUGCAAAUCAAUUUGGUCAAGGAGAACCGAAGCUAUUUUCAAUGUUGAAGAAGCCAUUUCAAAGUUGGCUUAUCUUAGGCCACCAACUGAACGCUCCCCCCUUUUUCCCGAUCCUUCCGAACUGUGGAAAACCAUUGAUCUUCACCACUUGGUUUUCCUCAGAUUGGCGGCAGAGUUACUUCCAAGAUGUCUAAAGCUCAAGAUCCAUUUUACAUCGUCAAAGAAGAGAUUCAAGAAUCUAUUGAUAAGUUGCAAUCAAGUUUUCAUCAAUUGGAAAGAAUUCUCCCCGACACUAGAGAACAAGUACAUCUCACGAAAGAGCUACUUGCUAAUUGUGAGAGCAUCGAAUGGCAAGUAGUUGAGUUGAACAAAACAAUAGAUGUGGCAGCAAGAGAUCCUUCUUGGUAUGGCAUUGAUAAUAGAGAACUUGAAAGCCGGAGAAGAUGGACCAUCACUACUCGUACUCAGGUAGGAGAUGUGAAGAAAUCUGUAGUAGCCCGAAAAGAAAAUGGUAAUUCCGAAAGUGCAAUGUGCCGUGAAUUAAUGAAACUGCCAAUUUCGCAUAAAUCGGACAGAUCAUAUCAGGAUAGUGCAGAAGAUAAUGAUGACUUUAUCGUAUCAGAAUCAGAUAGACAAAUGCUUCUUAUAAAUGGUUCUAGGCAGCAAGAUGAGGAGUUGGAUGAACUUAGUGCAAGUGUUGAGAUAAUUAGAGGUGUUGGCCUUACAAUACAUAAAGAACUUCUUGCACAGGAGAAAAUAAUAGAUGACUUGGGUACUGAAAUGGACAGUACAACAAACCGACUGGAUUUUGUUCAGAAAAAAGUGGCUAUGAUUAUGAAGAAGACAAGUGCUAAGGGCCAGAUUAUGAUGAUAUUAUUUUUGCUAGUUUUGUUCAUUAUUCUAUUCAUUCUGGUCUUCCUCACUUAGUCUUCUAAUUGUUAUACACAAGUCUGAUAUUUGGAUAUAACCAUCGGAGCUGCGGAACAUAGAGGAGUUGGGUGGUAUGAUAUCAAAGUGUUGAAUAAACGAUGAUCAAAACAUGCUGAAUGAAGAAAGCAUUUUUCUUCUGUGCAUGUGAAAUUGUUGAACUUGAUUUAGGAUUAUGUAAGACAGGGAUAUAUGUAUAUGUAUACUUCUAAUUGUAAUAUAUGUAAAAACAAUUUAAAUAAUUGAGUAUUAUUAUAUAUUUAAUUUAAUUUGAUUUGUUUAUUUAUAAAUAAA